UAUUUUUAGUAACAUGGAAUUUUCAAUUCAAUAUCAAAGUGACAUAAGCGGAAAUUGAAGUUUUGUUUCAGUACCUAUGUUUUUUUUUAACAGUAACUUAUGUGUAAAGAUUGUUUUUGAAAUCAUAUAUUGUUAACACAACAGGUAAAUCUAUCAGGGAAAACUACUGUAAUAAAAAAAAACUUUAUAUAGCAUUACUGUAUCAGACAUAUGACAGACAGAGCCAGUUUUAUCUUCAGUAUUAAAGGAGAAAAAUGGCUUACAGAAAUCAAACCGCAGCAUUUAUGCUAGACAUUGAAAUCAAAUCAAAAGAUCUUCAGAUUGAUAAGAGUACAAAUGGUCUGUUGGGAAGAGGUGGCUAUGGCUCAGUAUACAUGGGAAAAUACAAAGGUACUGAUGUGGCAGUCAAAAUGCUGAGUGACACUGGAGAUAUUCCAAGGACGCAAAGAAAUGAUUUAAAGAGGGAAGCAAGGAAACUCCGAGCUGUAUGUGACCACCCAUUUGUCCUUAAAUUGAUUGGUGUAGUAAUGGAAACUAAUAACUACAGCCUUGUGUUGGAAUAUAUGCAUUUUGGCACUAGUAUUUCAUUUAUAAAGAAUUACAUAGUUCAUGUUCCGAUCCGUGUUCAAUUUGCUUAUCAGAUUAUUUCGGCAAUGGCUUGGCUUCACUCUCGGUCACCCCCUAUGAAACAUCUUGAUCUUAAAGCAGAAAAUGUACUUAUCAACAACAACUUAACUGCAAAGAUAAGUGAUUUUGGGCUGUCUGAGUGGAAAACUGUAACUAUGACAUUCAGCAAGACGCAACCUCUAUCAGCAGGCCCUCGAUGUGGGACACUCUCACAUAUACCACCUGAAGUCUUUAGGGACAUUAACAAAAAAGGGGCUAUGGAAGAAGACGUGUAUGCAUUUGCAAUUACAUUGUGGGAGAUUUUCUCCGGUCUAGUACCAUAUGCAAAUUGUGGGGACAAAGAUGAGUUGAUACGUAAUGCAGUGUUAAAUAACCAGCGUCCAGAUUUGAAUGCCCUUGUAAAAGAUUCUCCACGUGAAAUAAAAGACAUGAUACAAUUAUCCUGGGACCAUAACCCAGCAUUCAGACCAACAUUUAAAGACUUGGAGAAGAAAAUUGAACCAUUGUUCAACAGUGUCCAGAACAAACUACCUGAAUAUUUCAAAUACAUUAGGACACAGAUUGAGGCUUUUUGGCAAGAAGAUCCAGAGUCAACAGAUCACUAUGAAUGUACUAUGCACUGGUCGCGUAAUGGCUAUGAGUUAUGUAAUGGGCAGGAAAGUGAAGAUGGAGAAUCACUUGAUGCUAAGCCAAGUACACAUAAUGGAUCAUUAAACAUUGAACUAGAUACUGAGAGAGGAGAAUUAGAAGAGCAGGAUGGUAGUAUGAAUGCCUCUGUAAAGAAAGAAAUAGAACAGGAUACGAAGCAAACUAAUGGUGUAGAUGAUGAAGAAGUUAAAUUUCCACCUACGUUACAAGCAAAUGGUUAUGAAAAAACUUCCCAAAACAAUUCUGAAACUUUGGUCCAGACACUGCCUAACAGUGGUGGUAAUGUAAGGGCUCAAGUGAACACACAAGCUGGUUACGCAGCCGUAAGACCAAGACUUCAAGCAAUGGGUAGGCCUACCCAAAUUCCAAACGGUAAAUCAGUCCAGUAUGAAGGAGAAGCCUUAAGAAACAAUACGCUGGCUCAAGUUCCUAUUUAUGAAACAAAUCAAGUUGGAAUCAAUCCAUUUCAGUGUACAAACAAUGAGCCUCAACAAGCUGAGGUUGGCCUAUCCGGUUUUGUUUCAGUCAUGAAUAAACAGUACACACCUGGUGCCAUGCUUAGUCAUCCUCAUGGACCAAUAGCCCAACCAGAGUCUACUGUAAUACAAAAUGAACCUGUUGCUAACGGCAACAGUGAAGGUCGUGCUACUGUAAUACAAAAUGAACCUGUUGCUAAUGGCAACAGUGAAGGUCGUGCUGGGGAGGAAGGCGAUGAUGAUGGUGACACAUUAUUCAAGGGAGAUACAGGUUUGGAGGAGUUGCUGUCAAACUUGAGUGUCAGUAAUCCGGGCUUGUACGAGACAAUACUGAAAAGUCCUGAUGCACUUGCAAACCUUUCAAAAAUUUCAAAUGGAGGUCAGUUCACAGUUGAGACCAGGCAAUCUGAGACCGUACAGAGACCAGCCAAUAGCUGUACAAGGGAGGUUACUCAAACUGGAGGGACUCAAUUACUCACACAGGUGUCUGUUGACCAGUUAAGUGGACAAAAUCCCAACAGCGAAAUGCAGGCAAGGUCUCAAAAAUCUGCUUCACAGCAGCAGCAACAACAACAGCAUCAGCAGCAGACGGCAUAUUCAGGAGCAGAAGCCAACUCUUUUAGAAUGCAUCCGGCACCAGACACGGUGUCAAAUUCAGCUCGAAAACCCACCAAUCCUCAAUGGCCUGUUGUUACUACAGCAGCUGUUUCAACACCCCAGUCACAUGCCUUUGUUACUCCAGCUGUCCAGCUUUCACAGCAAAAGUUACCAAGACAACCAGUUAGACCAUUUCAAUCACAACAAAAACAAAUAUUUGGACAGCCAACGGCGCAAGCUGUUCCAAACAGUCAAAUUCCUGCUGUAAGGCAAAGUAAUCCACCUUUCCAGCACCCGAGAGUUGGAGACGGUUCCCAGCAAACAUUAACAGGAACUGGUUCCGGGCAAAGGUUAAUUGCGCCUGACCAAAGGCAAGUUAUAUUUGGUCAACCAGCUCAACAAACUGGUGGAGUUCAAGGUCAGACUUCAAACAGGGAAGCUCCUUUUGUACCAGUUGGGCCAAGUGAAUCAGUGUCGAGGCAGAAUGGUGCGGCUUCUCAGCAGAAUGUAGCAUCAAGGAGACCUGUAUCGCCUGUUGAGAGUCGUGACCAGAUUAGACCUGGAGAAACGUACAACAGAAGUACCCAGCAGUCACCUAAUCAGGCAAAUACAGGUGGAUUAGACGCUAAUCCUGACGUUAACACAAGUGGCAGUAGCCAGAAACAACCUUUUACUAUUUAUCAUAAGCAUGCUGGUGGUGGAAUUACUACAAUACAGAUGGACCCUGACCAUGAGCUUCCACCUAAUCUACAGAUUGGUAACAAAAAUGUGAUGGUAGUGAAUGACAGUGGAAAUAGAAAGAAGAAUGACAAGAAGAAAAAACAAAAGUGUCAAAAAACUCAGCUGACAACCAGCACAAAUGCGUUGUCUAUGGACCAUAUUGACAUGGUUGCCGUGGAGAUAGGUAAAGAUUGGAAACGUCUGUGUCGACAGUUAGAUAUGACAGAGGCAGACAUCGAACAACUUCAGUUUGACUACUAUUCUAGUGGUCUGUAUGAGAUCAUGUACCAAGGAAUUCAGCGAUGGAUCCAGAGAAACGGAAGGGCAGCCAAUGUCAGAUUAAUGGCUGAGGCAUUGUGGGAAAUUGACAGGGAUGAUAUAGCUCUAAGACUUCAUUGACAUGAUUAACUUGCUUCAUUUUCAAACAUUUGUGAUAUAAUUACAUUGGGAUAUGUGACAUGAUUUAUUUCAUUUUCAAAUAUUGUGCUAUUUAAAUAUGAUGGGGUAGCAUGAUUAAGCAGAUUUUGUGUGUAAAUGGCACUGUCCCUGUUUUCAUUUCAAAUGAGGUACAAUACAUUUUGUAUCGAGUUCUUGAUUUGAAUUAUUAUCUAUACAUUGUAAAUAAGGGAUAAUAUAUAUUUUACAAACAAGAUUUUACUGUAAAUGAAAAUUAUUUCAUAACUCCACCUCGGUGAAUUAAAAACCCAUUUUGCACAAUAUGCACAUGAAAUGUGUAAACAUGUGAAGUUGUGUAGAAAUACAUACAUGUGUAUUAUCUCUUCCUGAGUUAAAGUGUACCAUAUAAGGUGGUGGUAGUGUUGGUAGUUUACCACCCAGAUCACGACAGGAUGCCACAUUGAAUGUACCAUAGCACAGUUCAGCCACCACACCGUUCCUUGGUAAGCUGUCAAGCCAUUCACCAGUUGCCAUCACUUUCUCAAGGAACUGGUAACUUCUGUACAUGCCAGAGCAGAUGUACAGUGCAGAUGAUGGUAUAAAGGAUUUUUAUGAUCAAUCACAACUAAAGUGACCUGCAGGAAUCAAACCCAGGUUGCCAGAUGCUUAGUCUAAUGCUCUACCUAUUGAGCUAACCGGAUGGCUGUGUACCAUACAUUGUAUAUGUCUAUACAUGUAUGACUAUUGGUGUGACUUAUUUUUGAUGAGAGUGGUCCUUAAUCAUUCCAUGUUAUAAAUAUAUAUCAUCAUGAACAUUUUGAAACUUUAUUUUUGCUUUGGGGUGUGAACCUAAUUCUGAACACAAGUCAGAUUACAGCAAAUAUAAAAAAUGUGGUUAUUGAUAAGCCAGACUUAAACAUAUUGUAUAUUAUUCCUAUGCAUAAAUAUCUUUAUGUAAAAAAACUAUUUUUAUAAAGACCAUCUUUUUGUUUUCUGAUUUAAAGAAUAACAUUGUAAAAAAAAAAUGUUACAUAGAACUGUUACUAGUCUAGCACUUACUUUUCCUUGACAGGUUUUGGCAUGAAAAAUCUUGCCCUUAAAUUACAGUGGCUUUAAAAUGUAUUAUUUAUGCAACUUUAGCUGCAAAUAAAUUUUUGAUAAAUUAAAA